AUGAUCGAGCUCAAUAUCUGAGAUAUGUUUUCUUCAGAAAAGGUCAUGUCAAAUCAAGAAGUCAAUCUAGAUCGCCGAGGGUAUCAGAGCAUUUAAUUGUCGACAAAAGAUCAUAUGCCCCCUACACUAUGCAUACCCCAGGAGCUCCCUCUGGCUGGUCGCCCAAGAACCCAAACGGCGACCAUGUCGGUAACAACCAUGUCAAAGGUCGCGUCAUCAAGUUCCACGCUGACAGCAAUGCAGCUACUCAGGCCCCUCACUCUACCGUCUCAUCUUUUCACAUCAACACCGGAAAAGGCCGCUCAGAGCAUGUCGCUCGACCCCGGAAUGCUUUCAUCUUGUUUCGCUGCGACUUCGUACAAGAGCACACGAAGGAUGGGGGAAGGCCCCGUCGCUCCGCUGGGGGUGCCCCAGGGAAAACAGUCUCAAAACGCGCGGGUGAAGCAUGGCAUCUGUUGAGUAAGGAGCAAAGGGAUCACUACCACGAUUUGGCCGAGCAAGAGAAGCUCGAACACGCUCGUCGACACCCUAACUACCGUUUCCAACCUCUGAGGCGCUCGUCAGCAGAAAGGUCAAGACGCUCUGCCGCCCGUCUCCUGUCGGGACCUCGGAUCUCCAUGCGUCGCACUGCAAAGUCCCGACACUCUUCGUCGAACACCCAUUCCUUGGUUGCACAGACUCGUUCACCCUCCCCAUCGACGUCGCCCCCGGAUUCUCCAAUUUCCCAGCCAACUCCGGCACUUCAUGGCCUGGAAGAGGGCUCCGAAGCGGAGGAUGAGUCUAAUGCCGUCACCAAAGGCUUACACCGACGGUCCUUCUCCGUCCCGGUCUUGUCAUCUCACUGCCUUCCCUCCGGUAACGAGCCCAUGUCCGAGUCGGCCCCCAGGAACGAAGUCAGACGCACGAGGUCAAUGGGCGAGGGUGGGAUUCCCCUCCCAAGUUACCCCAUGCAAUUUAUCUCUGGAGCGAACGAAGCUCAGUUUCCAAUCCCUUCUCCACAAGAAUUCUACGCCCCGAGCCCGUUCACCGACGGAAGCCCCUUCAACUACCCCGACCGCUCAAAUUUGUAUGACGAUAUACCCAACUACCACACAUCCCCUCUGAGCACCGUCGCUUCGUCCCUGGCCGGAUGGAACGGCGAGCCUCCGAGUCUGACAUCGAGGGUGCCCACACCCGCUUCUUCGCCCGACUCCUCCUGGUCCUCGCUCCCCGGGUACAGCACCCAGUCUACUCCAGACGAAUACUACCCAUUCGGGUACCCCAGGCAACCCAUGGCCCCGAAUGAUUACCUCUCGUGGGGCGUGCAGCCCGACUACGCAGCGGAGUCUCGUGGUGUUGCGCCCGGUGCGUAUCUGGGCCAUGGGGUUGCGGGCCAGUAUGAUGUGGGGAUUGGGCUCGCCGAGCGAACACCAGACGGAGGUCUCAUGCCAUUCGAGGCGCGCUCGAUGGACAGUUACCAUCCAGAUACCUACAAGGCUUUUUGAUUCUUGCAUCUUUUGACUUGUCAUUCAUCCAGUUGUGAUUUGACCUAAUAAUUGUAGCAUAUUAUUCUCUCUCUAUAUUUUCUUACC